AGUCAUUCAGGCCCCGGUGAAUGGAGUGUGUCUAAGCAGAGACAGUGGAGGACUUAACUCGCAGCACUAAACUAUGAGAGCCCUGCAAUCUGCCCUGGUGGGUGCCGUCCUGACCCUGCUGAGCCUUGCCAACCCCAGCCAUGGAGAAUCCUACUUUGGGGACAGUUACUGCAGUAUCCAAACCUUCCAAGAUGUCUCCAGCUUCCAUGUGACACUACAGAUGAAGACAAGUCGGAGAAGUGGCCUACUACUCCUGGCUGCUGGAAUGGAGGAUUACUUGUUUAUUGAGCUCCUCAAUGGAAAAAUACGGGCUCGGAUGAACAUGGGUGGAGGCGAAGUGAUUCUGACGUCGUCACAAGGUCUCCAGCUGAACAACCUUAUGGAGCACAAAGUUGCCCUCACACUGCAGGAUACCAAGCUCACCAUGACAAUCGAUGAGCUCUUCUCCACAUAUGUUCCUGUCAACGAUGAUGGAGAAGAACUGAACAUUGACCAGGGUAUUUGGAUAGGAGGAACUGGAGACCUUGACACUCCCUACCUCAGCAAUGCCAUUCCACCGUUCCGUGGCUGCAUGAGUAAUGUCAAAUUCGAAUCCCAUGAUUUUGAUAUUCUCGGCACACUCUUUAAACAAUGCCAUGACACAAAGGAAUCCUGCAGUAGCGAGUUUGAAGCAGGUGACGGAGAGGCGACCAGUUUCAGCACUCCUGAUUCUUUUGUCUCCUUUCCCACUUGGAGUGGGGCUAGCGGUGCACCAAGAGUUUUGGAAUUCCUUAUGAAAACCACCAUUGAGGAUGCCCUUCUUGCAUUUCAUCCUGGGAGAGAGAAAGACUUCAUCGCUAUUGGUGUAGUGAAAGGAUACCUUAAAGGUGUGCUAGACUACGGCAAGGGUAUGGAGGUGCUGGAGAACAAUGUAGUGCAGCUGGACGAUGAUCAGUGGCACAGAGUUAAGAUCCAAGUCAGUCAGGACUCAUUUGACAUUAACAUAGAUAGCCAGAUAGUUUCCCUUCCUCUUGAUUCAACUCAACAGUUAGACCUGGUGGGAAAUUUGUAUUUAGGUGGUAUUCAGGCUAAAAUGAAGGAUGUCUUUCGUGAGAGUGACUUAUUAAAUCGAGUAGAAGAAGAGAUGACUGCAGAAUCUUUCAUUGGAUGCUUCGGGGAGAUCAAAGUCAAUCAGAAAGAUAGAAGCCUGCAGGACGCUCUGGUGACAAAAGAUGUUCAUGUCAAAUGUGAAGGAGAGGACUAUGAUUAUUCCAGUUAUUAUGACACAGACACAACAACGACAUCCCCACCACCUCGCACCCGAUACGUUGAUAUUGAAACUACAGAGCCACGUUGCUACCCAACAGACGACAUGCCUGCAAUUUUCAGAAACGUGACAAAGCUCCUUGAUGUGAAACCGUUGCUAGUGACAGAAGGUGGAGAGGUUUUUCUUGACAUCGACCACCUGAGCCCGACCUUUGACUUAAGUGCUGCCGGAAUGCGUCAGUCCCAGAUCAUCUUUUCCCUCAAGACUGACCCAUGGUAUGGUCUGCUUGACAUGAAUAUCAACACAAAACGCACACAAAAAUUCACCCUCCUGGAUGUAGUCAAUCAGAAAAUCAAGUAUAUGCAUGACGGACAUGAAGUACAUUCUGAUCGAAUUCACCUGGAGGUGGUGGCUAGCAGUAAUGGCUACCUUCCUGAAUGUCUUAAAACACCUCAAAGCUAUGUGUUACCUGUUGAAAUCAUACCUGCUGGUGACAUUCCACAACUAAGUGGAGGAGAAAUCACCAUCACAAAGAAUGGUAGGACUCGCUUAAGCCCGGACCUUAUCAGAAUCCCAGAUUCCGAUACCCGUUGUGACAGCUUAGUGUUAAGAGUGACGUCUGAGCUUUCCGUGGAAACUGGAUAUCUUGAGAAAGGUCAGGAACCAGAAGGAUUGAUCACAGAGUUCACUUGCAGGGAUCUAAAGGAAGGGAAUAUCUAUUAUGUGCACAAAGGAGGCCAAGCAAAUGCAAUUACAAUGGAAGUAUCAGACGGUCAAUCUGUCAGCCAAGCGACAACUUUUAAGUUGGCUUUGACACAGCCACAUAUGACUGUUGUCACCAACACUGGCCUUCUCCUGGCUCAAGGCAGCAACGCCUCUAUCGGUGUUCACAAUUUGGCUGUUCUCACCCAUCCUCGUAAUGGAGAUGUCAUUUACAAAAUCAUGCAACCACUCAUAUAUGGGGAACUGAAGAUCAUGAUGAGUGAUGGGAUGUUGAAACCAGUCACAGAGUUCCAACAGUCUGAUCUGAAUCAAAACUCUCUAAGGUAUUUCAGCACAGAUUCCAGCAACCAGGAAGAUGUUGUUGUUGAACUGAUUCAGUUUGACAUACAUAUGGGAGCAUUCUCCCUCAGGAAUAACACAUUUUUAGUUAAGAUCAUGCCGUCUCCAGUGAAACUGUCUACCCUAGUGCCAAUGGAGAUGCAGGCAGGUGAAGAAUUAACAAUCGGACAUACUGAGCUUCAAGCUGAAGUGAAAGGCAGGAACCCAGAUCCAGAAACUGUCAAAUACAUCCUUGUCAAGCCUCCGACCCUAGGCAGUCUCAUGCUAUUAGACACGGAGUUGAAUGAAGGUGAUACUUUCACCCAGAGAGACAUUAUGGACAAUUACAUCAACUACAGAGUUCUAGUAAGAAGAUCGGUUGACAGUACUGAUCAAUUCCAGUUCAAAGUCUUUGCAGAAGAUCAGUACUCGCCUUUAUACACAUUCCCAAUCAGUAUCCUGGCUGAUUCUGAUGCCCCAGUUUUGACCAAUGAGGUGCUAACAGUCCUACAUGGCAGCGAGCAAGUUUUAAACAAAAAAAACCUUUGGGUGGAUUCAAUUGGCUCUUCCGGUUAUAUGUACCAGAUCAAUCAAGAACCACAGCAUGGGCGACUCAUAAGGGAUUCCCCUCCAGGGCAGCCUCGAUUCGAUGGAGCAAUUCGAGUGUUCAGUAAUGAAGACCUCGAACUUGACAGACUUAUAUACCAGCACGAUGGUUCGAAUACUGAUAGUGAUGAAUUCCAUUUCACAGUAUUUGAUCAGGGAGCAGACAUGUUUGGGGUUCAGGCAACAAUAAGCGACGUUUUCAGGAUAUCGAUCCGAAGCAAGAACGAACAUUCCCCACUGCAGGUUGUGGAUAAAAUAUUCAACGUGGUUCGCCACGGACAGCGCCUCCUGACAACUGAUGAUAUUCAGUUCAAGGAUGAUGACGCAGGUUUUAAUGACUCACAGAUAAUAUAUGCUCGCGAGGGUAUACUUUCCGGCAAUAUUGUUGCCGCGCAGAAUCCCUCACAAUCCCUUUACCGUUUCACCCAAGCUGACCUGCGAGAUAAAAAGGUUCUCUUUAUUCACCAAGGAGCGGAUCAAGAGCGUUUCCCUCUCCAAGUGUCUGACGGCUUUCAUAAAACAACUGCUAUUCUACAGAUACAAGCCAGUGAUCCCUACCUGCGAGUUGUGAAUAACACAAUCAUUGUCAUUGACCACGGGAGCACCAAGACAUUCGACACAACACUGCUAAGUGCUGAAUCCAACAUAGAUAUCAGGGAUGACAGUGAAAUUAAGUUUCACGUGACAACACCCCCCAGUGAUGGCAGGGUAAUUGUUAGCGGGAUUGAGGCAAAAAUAUUCAGCCAGGAGGACCUGAAAAAGGGCGUUGUUUCCUAUGAACAUAAUUAUGAAAGCCUGAAGUCUAAGGAUGCCUUCAGCUUCAGAGUCCAAGCAAGGGAACUUUCUGACGAGGGCACAUUUAGGAUUAAAAUAUUCAAACAAGGUUACCUUUCAGAACCUGAAGUGAUUACCAAUGAAGCCAUCGUCUCCUACGAGGGCGAGCACACAGUUAUAAACUCCGAUUUUGUGAAGGUGGAGCAAGCUGACAUUUUGCCAACAGAAAUGGUGUUCACCAUCAAAGAACCACCGCGCCUCGGUCAUGUUGUCAAACUGACCAACAGCACAGAUGGCACAGAGUCACCAGUCCUCGACUAUAUUCACUCGUUUACCCAAGAAGACAUUGAUCAUGGACGCAUCCUUUAUGUGUCUGCAUCCAUCCAGGGUGUCGACACUUUUACAGUGGACGUCAGCAAUGGUUUUACCACAGUGGAGGACCUGCGUAUUACAGUGAACAUCGUGCCUCGAAUUAUCCCCGUUCAGUCUCUCAAUUUCACCGUGAAGGAAGGCCUCAGCAAAGUCGUCAACGAUGAAGUCAUCACCAUCUUGCAUCCCUUCUACAAAUCCUUCAAUAUUGAAUUUGUCGUGGAUGAGCCGCCAAAGCACGGGGAGAUCCGUUUCCAGGAUGGAGAUGAGCUGACUUAUUUCACAUGGGAAGAGAUAAAACUCGGACAAAUCUACUACGUGCACGACAGCAGCGAAACCACCGAAGACAGCUUCACCAUCUCCGCCGCGGCUUAUGAAAUCGACCGGCGCAGCCUUCCCGUCACCGUCGCAGUAACGGUCUGGCCCGUCAACGAUGAGCCGCCGAAACUGACGCGUAACACCGGGCUGGAGGUCCUAGCUGGAGAGGAGGCCGACAUAACGUCCAGCAUGCUAAAAACCGAGGACGGCGACACACCCGCCGAGGACGUCUAUUACAAUGUGGAGUCACCCAUAAAUGGGAUGGUAGCGUUCAAAGACUUCCCCGAGGAGGCCGCUGUCAAUUUCACGCAGGCCCAAAUUGACAACGGGGAGGUCAUCUUCAUUCAUGAGGGUGAAGAGUCCGGAGGUUUCAGUUUUACUGUAACAGACGGCGAACACACGACCCCGCUCUACAGUUUUGUUGUCACAGCCAGGCCCCUUACCAUCACCAUGGUAACGCAAGAGGAGCUCAUGGUUUUCCCAGGAACGAGGCAGCCCAUCACAAGUGCCAAUUUAGGUGCGGUGACGAACGAGGACGGAAACGAGAUCAGCUACUCACUGGUCCAUCCUCCUCGUUUGGGAAGACUCAUUCUGGCCAACGAAAAUAACCAAAUGGAGGAAAUCAGCAGAUUCUCGCAAACACAGCUUGAGUCUGGAGCCAUCUUCUAUGAGCACCAGAUGCCCGAGGAGCCCUUCUGGGUGGUGAAGGAUUCUGUGGAGCUCAUGCUGUCCUCCCAGCCUGCCCCGGAUGUGCGCCACGUGCUGCCCAUCAUUGUCUCCUACUAUGCAACGCAUAGCAAUAUUUCUUCACAGAUGUGGAAGAACAAAGGUCUGGAAAUCGUGCAAGGCCAAAGGAAAACGAUCGAUGAUUCAAUCCUUGAUGCUUCUAACCUCCAAGCCAGUCUUCCUGAGCCAGAUAGUGCGGACGUUGUCUUUGAGAUGAAAAAAUUCCCUGCCCAUGGACGUAUAAACCUGGGGGGCCGGGACCUUCCCAGGGGUUCCCCCUACUUCACACAGGGGGAUGUGAACAGCAAAGACCUGGAGUACCUCCACGAUGAUUCCGCAGGCGCCUCCGACAGCUUUUCCUUCAGGGCCCGUUUGAGGUCUCGUGCUGAUGGUGUGACAUCUGACGCCGUUGUCUUGGAGGAGGUCUUUAACAUCUCUAUCAAACGAAGGGGAUCUGAGCCACCCGAGGUCGUCACCAUUGACCAGUUAUUGGAAGUUCUGCAAGGAUCUAUGAUCAUCGUGACCAAGAAGCAUCUGAACACACACGAUGAAGACAGCCCCCCAGAUGAAGUCCACUUCAAGGUGACCAAAGCUCCAAAAAAUGGGCACCUGGUUGACGCCCACACCAUGGAUAUCCUAUCUGAGUUCACCCAAGAGAUGAUAAACAGUGAACAGGUUGCCUUUCACAGUGACGGCAGUCUUUCUGACGGUUUUGUGGAAUUUGUCGUGUCAGACGGAGAACAUCAGACAGAACCACAAACGCUUCACAUUGGAACCUUAGCUCGCACUCUCAUUCUGGACAAAGCACCGGAGAUCAAGGUGAAGCAGGGAGACGACGAAACUCUGGUGACUGAGGAGAUGCUGAGAGCGACCACCGGUGGUCCAGUGGAAGAGGACGUCCUCUACAAGAUUACAAGUGUUCCCAAGUAUGCCGCAGUCAUGGUAGACCGGCAGCCCACGUCAGCCUUCACACAGAAACAGAUCAAAGAAGGAAGAGUUAGCGUCCGCUUUGUGAAGUCCACUUCGCCUCGCGACAGCGUUGCAUUCGUUGCUCGCAGUCGGGCAGCAAAUGUGUCAUCCGUCCUCAACAUCACAGUCCAACCUCUGGCCAAGAUCGCUCAGGAUCCUCUCCUACCCGAAGGCUCUCUUGUUCAACUUGACAGGAAGCUUUUGGAUGCAACGCCUCUGGCGAACAAGACCAGGACCUCCCCUAUGUUCACGGUUAUCCAGCAGCCACAAGGAGCACGAUUUGUCAGGUCUGGCGGUCCUGGUGCGGGCCAGCCGGUGGAGUCGUUCAGCCAGAGGGACCUGGAUGAAGGGCGUGUUGCUGUAGAAAUUCCUAAAGGGUCUCCUAGAUCCCGAGAUGAGGUCGUUCAGGAUGAGGCCCGCUUCUUGCUUAAAGCUCACGGGGUUCCCCCGGCAGAGUGUGUUCUUUCCUUUCAAACUGGCCCCUACAAUGCCUCUGGUGUCUACCCUGCCACUCUCCUGAGAGUCCCCUCAGAGACACCAGCAAAGGACGGUAAGGACAAGCCCAAGGAGGGUGUGUACCCCUUUACAACCUCUGAAAUCCCUCGAUGGAAAGCCAACCAGGACCAACCACACGGGUAUGCAACCACCGCAUCCCCCUCUGACAGCGGCUCUCACAGGAACCCAGUGGUUUCUCGACACGGCAACGUCUGGUCCAUCCUAAUCCCCAUUCUCGUCAUCCUGAUUCUACUCCUCCUGGCAGCCCUCUUGGCGUACUACCUGAUCCGUAAAAACAAGACGGGCAAGCACAACGUCCAGACGGCGGCUGCAGCCAAGCCGAAAAAUGGCGAGGUAGCUGGCACAGAGACCUUUCGGAAAACCGACCCGGCCAAUAACAUCCCCAUGUCCAACAUGGAUUCCAAAGAGGCCGACCCGGAACUGGUGCAGGAUUGUCGGACAACCACUCCGGUCUUGAAAAAGAACCAGUACUGGGUUUGAGACUUUGAAACCCUUCUCCAGGGCUGGAUCCUCAAGUGUUUGGAGCGCCGCCUCCUCCAAGUCUUCUUCACAGUAUUAAAGACUUCUUCUUGCCACAGCAGUUUAAUGGAUUUUUGUUCCUUGACACCAACAGUCGCAUACUUAUCAUGACUCAACUGUGGACUGAUUCUCAGGCAACAAAACACUGAAUAGUUGUUUGACAAUGCGAGAGGCAGUUUCAUAUCUUCGAGUGCCAUGUAUAUUUAUUUUAUCAUUCCUUUCCUACAAAUGGCACAAAUGACAUAAACAUGUACCGUGUUUGCAAAAAAGAAAAACUAUUCUGUUGUGCUGGACCAUUUUAUAUCAAAGGCCCACGUUACUUGCUCAUAUUUUUUGUUAUAGAUUAGCUUGAACCUCAUGAAGUGAGUUGUUAAGUGUACAUAAAUGAUCAAGUCAACACUCUUAGAUCCAGAGGUACUGUAUAUAGGCGGUGGCAAUUUUGAUAAUUUUGGAAGUGUUGGAAGUGGAAACUUCUGACCUAAAUUAAGAACAUUUCAUGUGGACUUUCUCCAUUUUGUUGAAGAUUUUUUUAAGACAAAGAUAAAGAAUAUUAUUCAAAGGCCUGGCAACAUAUUCCCAGGGAGGAAUGUUAAAUUUGUCCAUGUAGGUGAAGAGCUCAGGCACUCAUUAGCCCCUUUCACAUAUACCUGAAGACUGUUAAAAUCCCGGGAUUUUAAACGGGUAGCCCUUGUGUGUGAAAGCAAUUUCCCGGGUUGACUGACACGAAGAUUACGCGGACAUUUAACGGGUCGCGUCUUAGUAUUAUGUCUGGGACUUUCCCAGGAUGAGGCAUGUGUGAAAGCACGCGUUUGAUUCGUCCAUCUUUGGAAAUGUGUGGUUUAUUUUGUUGCGGAUGUUAGGGUACGCCAUUGCGAAAACAAGGUUGUACCUCAAAGCACAAAACAACAGAGGGAUGUGUUCAAGGGUUUAUUAAAUACAAACAAAAAUACACGCGAUCGCGGAAAAGGGGGAAUAACACGAUGGGUCCGUGGCAGUAGAUCGCUGUGAAUCAAUAGUACUGUGAAAGCAAUCUCCCGGGUCGACUGACACGGAGAUUACGCGGACAUUUAACGGGUUACGUCUUACUAUUAUGUCCGGGACUUUCCCAGGAUGAGGCAUGUGUGAAACCAUGCGUUUGAUUCGUCCAUCGUCCAUCUUUGGAAAUGUGUGGUUUAUUUUGUUGCCGAUGUUAGCGUCUGCCACUGCGGAAACAAGGUUGUACAGUACCUCAAACCAGAAAACAACAGAGGGAUGUGUUCAAGGGUUUAUUAAAUACAAACAAAAAUACACGCGAUCGCCGAAGAGGGGGAAUAACACAAUGGGUCCGUGACAGUAGGUCGACGUGGAUCAAUAAUACUAACCUAAGCGGUAGGCAGAGAGCCGAUAAGACAACAAAACAAAUACCCUCAAAUACCAGCACAACAUAGGGGAUUUCAAAACAAGGGAGGGAGAUGAAUAAGCUAGCAAAUGCACGAAAUUCGAGAGUACAAGGUCUCGAAUGGCGCCCAGCAAGUUAAUAUCUCGGCAUCCUUCAUUUGGAUCACUUGGGCUUUAAUACAGUCUUGAUGAGCUUGAAUUGGCUGCAGUUACGGCAUCGGGAACACUCCCACAACCGGCUCUGUAACAAAACACGAUUUGACCAACAUUGUGACAGCCGAUGCCGACAAAAAAUGACGUAAUGUCCGGGUUAUAAAAUCGCACCAGCAGCCCUCCCCGCACAGAGAGCACCUAGUCGGCAACACGAGUCAAGUAUGUGAAAGUGUCCAACCCGCGUAAUUCCCGGGAUAUCUCUCUUUGUGUGAAAGCAAUGAGGCAAGUAAAUCCCACAUUACCUUACACAGGAAUUUACCGGUAGAUGGUGGAAAACACUCAGGUGACUUGAAGUUACGCUCUAAGACCUCCGAAAUUCGAAUUUCGAAAUUGUCCUAUAUGCAUGUGUGAUACAUCAUUGGAAAGCUUAAAAUUUCUAUUUUCUGGGGGAAGAAAAAUUUUAAACAGGAGGGCAUUUUUCAAAAAAAAAAAAAAAAAAAAUUUAACAGCAAAACCCUAACUGGAGGCGAGAGCACGCGGCAGCAGAAUUAAAGACGCCAUGAUUUUAACGAGAUAUUUUCGCGUACUAACCUGGUUUCGAUCCAAAAACUCCAUGUGGUAUGUAUCAUCUAGUGUCAAGACACAGAUGUGAAUAGCCACAGCCGGAUUUUGGGGGGAUUUUAUGGGUGAAGCACGGUAAUAUAACAAGGGUCGCGAUGCAGAAAUCGCAGACAUCAAGGAGUGGUCGAGAUGUUCUUUUUCAUGUAUUUACCCUUUUAAAGGUUUUUUCUUUUUCAAUUUUUCUUUGUUUGGAUCGAUUAUUUAUCAUCUAACAUGUUGGGGAAAAUGUGGCAGUAACAAAAAAAUACAAUUAAUCGAUCGUUAUGAGGUAGAUAGCCAUGACUUUUUUACGGACGCCAUUUUUUUCAUUGUAACGUAAUUUGUUUAAAAGUUAAAUAUGCGAGUGAAUAAUUUUUUUAAGUCUUUUUUUUUUUUUUUUUUUACGAAAUAUUACAAAUCAGUUAAUGAUUCUAAGAUAAAAAUGACAGACAUUUUGAUUAAUAAAUAUAAUUAAUUACCUUCGUUUUAUGGUUGGGUUGAAACAAAAGCGGUUGCGCGACGUCUGUAAACGGGGGUUUCCAGUUUAAAGGGACAAAUUAAAAAUAGUUCGGGGGCUUAAUGCGCCAUGAAUCUGCUGUGGCAGCAUAUAGACAUAUUGUUCUAUCAAACACAACAGUACUUUUGGCUUAAAAUACAGCAGUUUAUUUUAAAAAGGCGUGCAAGAGCAGAAACUGCUUUUUCAGUCUUGUCUGUGUUUUCCGCCAUAUGUCUGUGAAAGGGGCUAUUGACUGCAAAUUGUUUUCAUCAACGUAUUACAACUGCUGAAGAUGGAGAUAUUCUACACCACAGGUGUCAAAGCGAUUCCAGGAAGGGCCAGGUGGGUGCUGGAUUUUAUUCCAACCGAUACAACGCAGAGAGUUUAACCAAUGAACUUCCUGCUGAAACAAGCAGCACCUGACAAAGUUUAACUGAUUACACAUGUAAAAGAUCUAAUUGGUGAAAAGUUGUCCUCUUCAUUGGUUGGAAAGCAAACCUGCACCCACUUGGCCCUUUCUGGAAUCGGUUUGACACCUGUGUUCUACACAAUAUGGUGAAGCUAUAUGAUUAGUAUUUAGGAUUUAUAAAUGGUACGUAAAUACUAAGGGUGUAACGGUACAUGUAUUUGUAUUGAACCGUUUCGGUACGUGGUGCUCGGUUCAGAACGAAGGCGUACCGAACAAGUUUCUAACGCAAUGUAACCCUUACUUUUCAAGGCUGUGAGUCGAUCGGGUUACAGUUUCUUUAUGUAGAUUAUAUUUACUCCGUCUUCUCUACUAUAAUGAGGUAGGACAGUAUAACCCAGAAACGUCAACGGCGUGACAACGUGGCCGCCGCGAGAACGCAGUGAAACGCGGGCGGUAAAGUCAAUCAGCCAAUGCACACCAGUCACAGUGCGGCCGCGUGUUAGACGAGUUUAUUAUUUGACGCGAGACGCGACCCUCCUGCGUCAAUACUCCUACCGGUAGCUAGGAUCGGGCAGACCGGAAGUCACUCGUGUAAAAAUACGGUGGAUCCGGUCGAUUUUCAAACUAAUAUGCAAUCGUAACUAGAGCUGGGAAUCUUUGGGCACCUAACGAUUCGAUUACGAUUACGAUUCAGAGGCACCGAUUCGAUUAUAAAACGAUUAUUGAUGCAUCCCCCUCCCUUUUUUUUUUUUUUUUUUUUUUUCUUAAUGUUUUGUACAUUAGUUCCAAAAUUAUUCAAAAAUCCUCUCAGGCUAAAACAAACUACUAUUUCAGUAUCAAGUUAACAUAUAACAGUAAACAAAUAUACGAAAAUAACAGUAAAUAAAAAACUCCAGUCCCCAUUCUAUAUCAGCAGUUUUAAACUACAUUCAAUUAAUUUAAUGUUGUGAAUCAACUGUUACAGUUGUUAAAAUUACUCCCGUUAUUCCAUAAUUUCCCUUCUGUCUACUUUUGUCAAAGUUUUAAAACUAUUUCAUCAUUUAAAGAUAGAUUCAAGACAAGAUUCUGCCGAUUUAGGAGUAUUUUAGAUAAAAAGUUAAUCAGGUUCGCUACAACAGAACCUUGUAGAGAGGUCUACUUGCUUUAAGAUGGCGGCUGUUUACUUACGCCGGAAAGUCUGUCAUUUCGUGUCUCUGUUCAAUAAUACAGGUUCUAACACCGACGUCGUCUGUCAUUUUGCAUCUAGUUCUACAUAUAUAUGAUAUCUACUGUAGCCGUAUGUUUGUAGCAACUAGCAACUGGGCGUUGUUUGUAGCGCCUCUCAGCCGCAGUCAGGUAUGAUUGUAUUUUUUUAUUUAGCGGCAUGAGUUGAACAUGAUAUUUACUCUCGGUCCGUUCCUCAUUGCGUCCCAAAGACCGCACUGACUGUGUUUUACUUCCGCUUUACCUGGUAUAAUUCAAUAAUCGGAAUUUGGAUAUUUGUGAAUCGUUCUCUAAUCUUCCACGGCCGAAUCGCGAAUAAUCUAAGAAUCGGAAAUUUUGCACGCCUCUAAUCGUAACCCACUUUUUGAGUCCAUCAGAUCUCUUGAGUGGUAGAUCGGGGCACAGUUGACUUGUCUUUGUUGAUUUACUGCUGUCUUCUCUGCUAUACUAAUAACCAACAUGGCCCCGUGUUAAAUACAAAACCCUCCUACCACAACAAAACAAGUAGGAACUUAUAUUCACAUAGGAACUAAAGUUAUACAACAUAAAAUAUACAAUAUAAAUGAAUACUACAUCACAUUUGUCAAAUAUAAACACAUGAUAAAAUAAAUGAUAGCCCAUUUACAUAAAAUGAAUAAGAAUAAUACACAGAUCCUGCUUACACAAUUAGAUUUAUUAAUUUCUGUGUGGCGCUUUAACUUGCGAAAAUCCACCAAUAAAGCUUUUGAAAACCGUUCAUAAGGGGAAAAAAUGAUUCAUUGAGGCAUUUCAUUUGUAAAAUACAUGUUAAAAUAUUUGUCAUUGGGAUUGCUUUUCUCUUUAGCACAGGACUUCUUUUUUCUUCUUUCUUUCAGAAAGAAAGCCGACCAAUACUCGGGGUCUGAAAGGCAAAUUGUUGUUGGAUUAUUUUUAAAGACCCGCUACUUUUUUUUAGCAGAAUUCUAGCUUUGUAUGGGCUAAUUUUCCUAUUGUUGAAAGGACAAAGGUGUGUAAUAAACAACUAGCACAUUUAUAUUUUACAUUUUGUUUUUUUACUGUACCGAAAAUGAUCCGAACCGUGACCUCAAAACCGAGGUAUGUACCGAACCGAGAUUUUUGUGUACCGUUACACCCCUAGUAAAUACAUUUUCAUUAAAAUUGUUUGCUUGAUUUCAUUAUUUCAUGGUGGUGGAUAUUGCCCAAAUACUAACUGUACCGUAACUGUCUAUGUUGUGUUGUCUACUCUAGAAGAUUUUAAACUGCCUUUUGCCUCUUCUGUGCUUUCUGGUUUGUUUGCUUUUUUUCCCCCCACUUUUUUCUCAGGGCUAAAUUCAGGUUAACAUCAACACUCAAAGCAUUUCAGCAGUUUGUCUUUUUCUGAGGGGGUUUGGUACCAAAAUAACUACGCUUUCAAACUUGAAUUUAGCUCCGAGGACUGACAAUUUUUGCUUCCACAGUUCUGGUAAGCCUUCCUCACUUGACUGGAUAGGCAGCACAAUGUGGAAGUUUGGUCUUAAAACAGAUCUUGACAAGCUGUAGGUGUCAUAAUUUGAUAGAAGCCGCUCAGUGCAAGUGGUGAAGCAUUCCAUACUGUAUGUAAGCUAAAUAUAGUCACGUGCUGAGAUGAGGAUUUUUACUUUGUAACAAAUAUUUUUACUUAUUCUUCCUAUUCGAUUGAUGAAUGUUGAUUGGCGGAUAAAAGUUGAUGUAGAACUUGACCACGGAUGGGGACCCUACAGCUCGUGAGCCACAUAUGGCUCUGCAAGCACAUUUGAGUUGAUCGUCAAAACAAAUCAGUGACUGUUAUGAAAAAAACAAACAAAAUAUUUCAUUCACAAUUUAAAAAAAUAAGUGGCUGUUGUAUCAGAUUCAUCACUUUAGUAUGGCCCUUGAAUGGGAAAAAAAGUUCCCUAUACCUGAACUAGACUUUAAAACAUUUCUCUACUAAAUAAGGAGUCAAAGUUCUCGCUUUUGUUACUUAUGUUAUAACGUUAAAAACGUAACUUUUUUUUAAAUCAUGUACUGAGAUUUCUUAAACUGUUGUAACAUUUUUUCAGCUGGCACAGAGCUCAGGAAGUGAUGUGUUCAAAGACACUUUGUAUUUCCUGUGAAAUGUUUUGGUUUUAUAAUUUUUUGCUUCCCCGUUACGUUUUAUCACUUUUUGCUUUUUGUGUAAAUAUUCUGUUUCAUUUGGGGGUGGUUCUGUCUAUCUGUGUUUCUCUGUACUCUAAUUAAUCGACAUUUAAUGAAGACUAACCGCCCACCUCUUUAGCUUGCUGCUCCCUUUUGUUUUCAUCCAGAGUUUCAUCACCUCGGCUUCUUUGUUCGUUCAUUAUUUAUUAUUUCUUUCAUUGCCCUUACAUCACCCCGUGCUAUUAAAGAUCCUUUUCCUAAGUUGAACUUCCAAGCAUCCAUCUAAGGUUUCCAUUACACUAAUUUAAAUAAAAACUCUGA